AAGUUGUGUGAGUUGGCGUUCAAGCUUGGAACUGUCAAAUUUGGGCCGAGAAUGUGAAGUGUUGUUUUCUGCUUCCAAGAGAAUUUCCUGGCUUAUCACGAACUCGUAGCAAAGGUUAUUUCCAAAAGAUUUGAAGGAAAGUUCGGUGAAAUUAGGCAAUAUAAAGACGGUCGUAAAAUCAUAUGCGUGAAUGCCUCUUUGGCCGUGACAGUGAGUGGUUGAAAUUGUGUGAAAGUAAGUCAGACGAAAACGAAAGGUCACCGGCAGUAAAGUUAAUUGUCAUUAAUUAAAUAAGUGAUUCCGGUUGUGUCGAAUCAUUAAGAGAAUUGAAGAGCUAUCUAGUGAUGGCAGCCGAAUACAGUGUCCAGCAGCUUCCGAGCCCACUGUUGCCGCUCGGGGAGGGUCCUGUCUGGGACGUUGCCACGCAGAGCUUAUUUUUCUGCGAUAUCAGGGGCGCUGCGAUUCUGCGCUAUGAUUAUGCUGAAAACAAAACCUACAGCGCCACAAUUGACGGAGUUUCUCCUGUGUCGCCAAUCAUUCUCGUCAAGGGUAAACCGGAUCAGUUUGUGUUGGGAACAGGCAAUAGGCUGGUUCUUGUCCGUUGGGACGGACGCUCAGAGAAGGCCACCUUCCUGAAGACGGUUGGCGAUUUGGGUGAUUCCGAAAAGCAUGUUCGUUUCAACGAUGGCAAAGUGGAUCCCAAGGGGCGUCUCUAUGUCGGAACUAUGCGUAUCGAGGCGCUAGGUGAUGUGCUCGACCAAACUGAGGGCAAAUUCUACCGGUUCGAGGGAAAAGUUGGUGGCAAGUUCUACGAGCUGAAGAGAAACGUCACCGUUUCCAACGGAUUGACUUGGGUCGAACCAACGGGCAAAUUUUAUUAUGCUGACUCCGGCACGCGAGAUAUUAAGGAAUAUGACGUCCUUGAGAAUGGAGAUUUGCAGAACGAAACCGUUCUGUACGAUUUGAAAGUGAACGGAAAGAAUCCGGACUUUGUUGCGGAUGGAAUGACUAGCGAUGCGGACGGAAAACUGUACGUAGCGACCUGGGGAGGAUACAAGCUUCUGAAAAUGAAUCCAAAAACUAAAACGAUUGAGCAAGAAAUCGCCAUCCCGGCCAAACAAGUUACUUCGGCAGCCUUUGGAGGACCCGGCUUGGAUGAACUGUUUGUGACUACUGCCCACACCAGUGAUCAGGAUCCACCUGCCGGGGCAUUGUUCAAAGUCACCGGACUCGGUGUGAAGGGAACCGAAAUGUACAAAAUGACGCUUACUGAAUAAGCCGAAGAAGUUUUUUAGCAUUCCUACAGCCAAUGCAUGUUAAUGUAUACGAUUUACACCUGUUUUCGUUGAUUUUUCGGAAAUAUAUGACGUUUUGAUACUGUGUUUUUACUUACCGAAAUAAGCUGAA